CUUCGGGUUGUCAGAAACGGGGAGCAGAAAAAAAGAGAGAAAGAAAGAACAAUUUCUACACCGUCGACGGCAGACACUUGCACUGGUUGUGUGCUUACGAGCGAGAAAAAGGGGGCGGAAAAAGUGGAACCUGCAGCAUUGCGAAUUGUUUCCUCAUCAAUAAUGGCCCAGCUGGGUUAGUGUGUGUGUGCGUGUGUGUUUUGCAACAAACAGGGACACCCGUACGGGAAAGUUUUUUUCUUCCAACAGUGAAGUCACUGGGAGGACGGACUACGACGACGACGACGACGACGACAAUUCCCUCUUUCACUCUAUUGUUUUGUCGUUUACCAGUGUGCGUGUGUGUGUGUUUGGAGCCGUAACCCUCCGUUGCGUAUUUCACAUCGGGGUGGUACCAUUGUGCGUGCGUGUGUGUAUUCAGCUGUGAAACAUAGCACCCCAGCCGCAUACGACGUAACUUUACAACGGUUCCCCCUUACCCUUCUGUGGCCCCGCACAUUGAGCAAGGGGGUGCAAGAAGUAUGUGAUUGUUAUUGUUCCCCUUGGCUGGCAGAGGUUUUCAGUAGCUGACGAAGCAGCGGAAAUUGAAGUGGCGAAACCAACACGGCGCUGUUUCGAUAGUGUGCGGCUAAUCUCAUCGAUCGAUUUCGACCGGGAAGAGAGAGAUAAAGUUCUAUCACGCACUUGAAGGUAAAAGCUAUCCUAAGAAAACACACGUUACGAUGUCGGUUACGUUUGAGCAAAUCAUACUGGAUGCCAAGCGCAUCGCCAACCGGCUGAAGGAUCGGGAAGCGCUCGGCGAUGCGUUGCUGCUCGAGUCGGAAUCGGUCAACAAGCACAUCGAGUCGAUGCGCCAGUUCCAGGACGAUAUCGACAUACUGAACAAGCUGGCGCGCGACCGCUCCAACAACCAGCUGAUCACGAUCAUCCACCAGGAGAACCCGCAGAUCCGCGAGAUCCAGCAGGAGAACCGGCUGCUGAAGGCGGCCCUCGAGGACCACCAACACGCGCUCGAGCACAUCAUGUCGAAGUACCGCGAGCACACGCAGGCCAAGAUACUCAACACGAAGGUCAACUUUGUGGAGGCGUUCACGCGCCACCACCGGUCGGCCGACAUCGAGCGGCGCGACGAGCUGAUCCGGCAGCAGACGGCCAAGAUACAGGAGAUGGCCGCCGUCAUGCAGCGCGUCUCGCAGAUGGACGAGGAGAAGGUGAACCAGGAGCAGGAGGUGCUGAGCAAGCUGGUGACGGAGAACAAGGGCCUGCGGGAGCUGCUGGAGAUCUCGCGCAAGUACGGUUCCGGCGGGCAGAAGAUGCUGGUAGACGACAAGUCGACCCAAACGGACAGCUACCUGCUGGACGGGUUGAUCGAGGCGGCCGUAACGGCACGGGCAAACCUCGCGAAACAGACCGCCGUUGCUGCUGCCACGUCGACAUCCUUAGCGUCUCCACAGCCUUCAGCCGUCGUGGCUCCAGCUUCGCCGGGGGCUUCAGCGACGGUGAGCGCCGAUACAGCCGGCACCACAACCCCGAAAGCAACCAAGACGACCAAUGACGACGCGGCCCGCUCACCCAACAGCAGUAACAACGCUCCAGCGGACAGUAACGGCCUUCCUCCUCCAGCAAGCUCCUCGCCGCCGGCACCGACCUCCUCGCUAACACCGACCGCCAGCACGACAGCGCCGGCCACGCCAUCGACUUCGUGACGCGAUUCGGGCGAAUGCCAGGUAUCGGUUCUGUUCUGUUGCCAAUCGGCCCUGCUGUAGGAAGGAGGUGGUGGGGAUGGGAGGGCAAAAUGCCGUUGCGGUUUAAUGCGAUUGAAUGCGUAACGAAUCGACGGCACAGACACAUCCACGCGUAGGUAAUACUGUUUUUUUUUCGAACAAAAUUAACAAAAAAGAAAAUCGGCCCGAGCUUGCCGGGACCAUAUCAAGGGUCACGGGUCACGCAGACGUUGAAAAAGAAAGGCAUUUGCACAAUCCACCCACCCUCUCAUCCACUAAUUGCACUUUGCAUUUUUUGUUCUGUUGUUUUGUUAGAAUUUGUUUCCCUUCCUUCUUUAUGUAAGCGCCCUUUUGUGGUGCAGCAAGCGAAUGGAAGGAAAAGCAUAGAGCCUAAAAUCGUUACACAACCAUCGAGAAAUAAUCAUCGGACAAUUCGGUUAUAGCAUAAAUUUACAACAAAAUCGUGGCU